AUGUUCCUUUUCAACGUGCUGCGCAUCACUCUUGACCUUUCACUCAAGGGUGGAUGUCAUGGAUCUAUGUAUACCUCGCCAUUUAGCGAACCAACCCUGCUGAUUGAAAUGCCACCUUUCCAUCUCCCCAUCUACCGCUUCCCUGGACUGGCGCCGCAGCGGCCAGGGAGUACAAGUAUUACGCCGUAUCUCGGUAGUUUCGUGCAGAUAAUCUCAGCGCCUCCUCCAGGAUACAAGUGA